AUGUCAUUCGCCUUCUCGUUCAGCGGGGAUGAUAUAGACGAGGAGCUCCAGGCGGAUAACAACAUUCCGAGCAAACCAACCCAGGCACCGGCAGCGCCAAGCAGCGCCUUCCCGGUCGCUGGCAAGCCUUUGCUGCCAACAGUUCGCCAUGAUUUCAAGCAGAUGCUCUCGCUACUUCCUUCAAAGAUUGCGUUUGGUCUACUGGGUGUCGAGUUAGAUGGUGGCGAGACGAUUCAGCUCCCGCGGCGCGAGCUCUGGGACGUGAGAGUCCAACUCAUGGCCGAGGAUGACGACGGUGGCGAGGCUGAGCCCGGCUUGGGCAGUCACGAUGUCAAGACUGGAGUGUACGAGGGCGGCUUCAAAAGCUGGGAGAGCAGUGUGGAUCUCGUCAAGGUUUUGGAACAGUCGAAACCAUUCCUGUCCUCGCAGGACGAGGCUCCCUGCGUAGUCGAGCUCGGUUGCGGCACUGCACUGCCCUCUUUGGCAAUGUUUCAAUGGGCCGCUUCCACCAACAGAGGAGAGGAUGCCAAACCCUUGACUAUCAUCCUGGCAGACUACAACUCCACUGUGCUGCAGCUCGUAACACUGCCCAACUUCAUACUAUCAUGGGCUCUCCAGCAACGAACAGAAUUGCCACUUGUGGACGCAGCUCUAUCCUCCGAGGAUGGGGAACUGGAUCUGACCCCUGAGGUCAUCCAGGCAUUCCAAGAGUUCCUCUCUCAGCGGAAAGUCAACAUUGAAUUUAUUUCUGGCGCAUGGUGUCAGGAGUUCGUGGAGCUCGUUGAGAAUGCCCUGCCAGCCAACGCGAAUGGCUCAAGACAACGAGUGAUUGUCUUGGGUGCCGAAACAAUCUAUUCGCCUUUCGCCCUUCAGUCUUUCACCGACACCGUUUUCUCCCUCUUGAGUCAUCAGAAAGCUCAAGGUAACAGCGCCGAAGUCCUUGCAGCAGCGAAGAAACUCUACUUCGGCGUUGGUGGGUCUCUUGAUGACUUCGUCACGAAGGCGAGAGAACUUGGCGCUACCGUUGAGACUCUCAGGGAAGAAACAGAGGGUGUUCGUAGAGGUGUCGUUCAAUGCCACCUGUAG